CACUCAAUCUAACACGGCAUGUAAACUGGCACACAAACUUUUUUCUGCACUGAGCACCGCGUUGCAUGAGUCAAGAGAUGAAGUGCAGGGAGGUUCCUCUUCUUGUGUUUGUUCUGAAGGGCCAUCGUCAUGCUGCGCCACAUCCCACACGGCACGUCAUUUGCCCGAAUUGAAGGUGCUGCAGCUCACAGAGGAGGGGCGACAGUGUGGCGUAGAGCAUCUGCUGGAAAGUCAAGCCUACGGCCUUAUUAUUCUCAUUGCGAGUACAUAUACAGAUGGAACCGCUCCAGAGUCGUCGCAGGUUUUUGCGAAUCUUCUGCAGGACGCAUAUACAGACUUCCGUGUGCCUCGUGACACACUUGCCAAGAAGAAGUUAGCCAUCUUUGGCUUAGGCGAUAUCGCGUACGGGGAAAAGCACUUCAAUCGCUUUGCAAAGAACGUGUAUAUGUGGUGUAAAGGCCUCGGGGCGACGUUUGUGGUGCCGCCGGUGUAUGCGAGUGAGGCAAACACGAUUCCCCUUUUUAACAUGUUUACGGCAUCUUUGGUGAAGUGGGUUGGUCGUGUCACCUUCACCGCGGAUGGUGUGACGAUUUUAAAAAGACAGCAAAAACAGCUGAAGGAAAAGGAGCAACUAAAGUUGUGUAAUGAUGUGGAGUUAAAAGGACAUGCCACUUAUAACAGCGAAGAAGAUGAAGAGGACGAAGAGAGGGAAGAGGAGGAUGAAGAAAACGGCAGAAAGAAGCGGAAUCACAACAGUGAAGGCGAUGUCGAGGACGUCGUGACGGAUGAUGAGGAUGAGGGUGAAGAUGCCAACGGCCAAAGUGGCAGUGUGGAUCAUGCGGUACAGGCUUCAUCCAGUGAACCACCGGAGUUGUUGUACCCGCGGCUACGUCAAAAUCUGCAGCGUCAGGGGUAUCAUCUUGUCGGCUCCCACAGUGGUGUGAAGUUGUGCCGCUGGACGAAAGCGAUGCUACGGGGCCGUGGUGGGUGUUACAAGCACACCUUUUACAACAUCGUUUCCCAUCAGUGUAUGGAGAUGACACCGAGUCUGGCGUGUGCCAACAAGUGUGUCUUCUGCUGGCGACAUCACACGAAUCCUGUUUCACGCACAUUUCGCUGGAAAGUUGACCCACCGCAGUUACUGAUCGCGGAAGGGAUUGCGGGGCAUCAGAAGAUGAUGAAGCAGAUGCGUGGGGUGCCAGGUGUGACGUCCGAGCGACUGGAAGAAGGAAUGCAUGUACGUCACUGUGCCCUCUCACUCGUCGGGGAACCGAUUAUGUACCCGGAGAUUAACACCUUUGUCGAUCUUCUGCAUGAGCGAGGCAUCUCCUCCUUUAUGGUGACAAACGCACAGUUUCCUGAGCAACUACAUGCAUUGAAGCCAGUGACGCAACUGUACCUUUCCAUCGACGCUCCCACACCGGAGGAGUUGAAGCGUGUGG